GCUUCGUCGUCGUUCUCCUCGUCGCCCGUGUCCACGGAGAGAGAGGGAGAGAGAGAGAGAGAGAAAGAGAGAGAUCCCCGCGCCCCCCACGAUGGCGGUCGGCAUCGCGCUCCUGCUCGACCUCGCGUCCCGCGCGCGGCCCCGCUACUCCUCCGGGGUCCACGCCCACUCCGCGAUCUCCGCCGCCGCGGUCGCCUCCACCGCCGCCGCCGCCGCGCUCUCCGCCUCCGGCGUGCCGCUCUCCGCGCGCCACCUCUUCGGUUUCCCAGGAUUUACUGUAGCCUAUUGUGAUGCUGGUGCAACUGCUGGAUUGAAUGAUGCUCCUGAUCUUAUUAAUGAUCUUAAUAACAAAAUACAAGACUCCCUCCGAUACCCAAUAAAGGAAUACCCUCUGGAGCUGAAGCCACUUUUUUCAGCCUUUGCUUUGAAGAAUUUUAGCUUGACAACCCUGAGGUCCUUUUUAUUGUACUAUUUGCCACUUUUGGAACCUCAACCACACAAUGAUGGUGACGAUGAAGAUGAGCUGCUUCAAGAUGAAUCAGAGAAUAGGCCUGUUGAUCUGGUUACUCCCUUCCACAAUUCAGUGAAGCAAAUCAUCCGUGAGACUUCUGUUGUAACAACAAGAAGAAUAUUGGAACGGAUAGCAGUUCGUCAUCUUUCACAAAGAACAGCAUGGAAGCUUCUUAAGGAUGCCUCAAAAUCGUCAAAGAGGAAAUCUGUAAGGGGGAUGUCCUGUCCAGAGUUCUCAUACUGUGUUGCUAGAACAACUUUCCGAGCACAUGCAUUGGGAGUAGCUGCUGCUUGGGUUGUGCAAUCCAUAGUUGAAAUUUACAGAUGUUUCAUCCGUAAGCCUUCCAAUGAGCAGGAAUUGUUGGAUGAGAUGGAUAAAGUCAAAAUGUUCGGGAAAAAGAUAUAUGGCAUAACCGUCAAAUGUGGGUUCUCUUUGGUUUUUGCCUCAAUAGGAGCUGGCGUUGGGGUCCUUGUGCAUCCAGUACAUGGACAGUGGCUUGGUUGUACAUUGGGAGAUUUUGCAGGACCAAUUGUUGCUAUCCUGGUUUUCGAGAAGUUCCAGUUACCGCUGUAAGGUGAAAAGCAUCCCUGUUGGAGAUCUUCACGACUCCAUAAGACCUAACUUGAUGAAGUUCACAGUUGAAGAAUAAUAACCAGCUAUCAGCCUCUAUGCGCAAGGUCAAUAGCUUCUUUUUUUUUCUUUUUUGGAGACAGGUGCUUUCUGGCAUCAUGAGAUGUUGAUAUUACUUCUGUUCCUUGGAUUUUGAAAUUCAGGCUAACAGUUUUGUUUAAUUGGUUGCGAUUGUCAUGACUCAAGGCUACAUGCCAUCGUUUACCUGAAUCUGGGGGCAUCAUGUGCACCAUGGUUACGCAGCCUUUGCAU